GAUGUGGUCCACUCGCUUCAAGAAAAGCUAAACAUUACGUGUACUCAUCACUUUAGUUUGGUUCUGCAAAAUAUGAAAAGUAACGUACCUGGCAAGAUGACGUUGCUACAAGAUCACGAAAACUUGGCAGAGCUGGCUGCUAGGCCAGGUGCUCGUCACUUUCGGUGCCUCUUCAGGGUGGCAUUUGUCCCCCUUGAUGCAUACGAUUUGUUGAAGGAGGACCCUGUGGCUUUUGAGUAUUUUUAUAUGCAGUGCUGCAAUGAUGUCAUCCAUGAGAGGUUUGCUUCCGAAAUGAAAUACGACACUGCUCUCCGCCUGGCUGCCCUGCAGAUCCAGCAACAUGCCAUGAGCAACAACAUGACUGGCAAAAUCUCCAUCAAGGCUAUUGA